AUGGCUACUGCGACUGAACACGUGCCGAGGAGCUUGCCCGGCCGUGAGCCAGAAGACGGCCUAACUGCGCGCACAAUACCAAUCAUCACCACCCCACCAACGCCGACCCCGAUUAUAAAGACGUCUGCACCUUCGCCGGUCGCCGGAGAUCCUAUGGAUAUCACGACACCAACUAGUUCCUCUGCUGCGCAGAGCAUUGGCCGGGGAUCUGAUGGAGGCGACGCAAGCGACACAAAUGAACGCAAGAAUAUAGCACCACCUGCCGAACAGAACUUGGGGAGUACCUCAAAUAACACAAUGCCGGCGCCUCCAACCGUACCAUCGUCAACAUCUGCGCCCGCAGCUGCCGCGGCUGCUGUCCACCAGCCUAAAAUUGUCCAGACUGCCUUCAUCCAUAAGCUUUAUAACAUGCUAGAAGACCCGAACAUACAGCACCUCAUCAGUUGGUCAACCUCGGCUGAGAGUUUCGUCAUGUCUCCUUCUCAUGACUUCUCAAAAGUACUAGCGCAAUACUUUAAGCAUACUAAUAUUUCCUCAUUCGUACGCCAGUUGAAUAUGUAUGGCUUUCACAAAGUUAGUGACGUUUUCCACACUGGAAACCCUGAAACGGCACUUUGGGAAUUCAAACAUGGUAAUGGCAACUUUAAGAGAGGUGAUCUUGUUGGUCUCCGUGAGAUUAAACGGAGGGCCUCGAGGCAUUCCAUUAUGAACAGGGACUAUGGCAACCAUAAACCUACUCCAUCGCAGCCAGGCACUCCGGCUGAACCAAUGCCGGUCAUUCACGAUGGAACAGAUCCACGGUUGGCCAGUAUUGAGCAUUCCCUCUACGAGACCAACCUCAAGUUGCAGCGAAACGAGGAAAACGCCCAGUAUAUGCACGUCAAGCAGCAAGCGAUGGUAGAUGUUAUCAACAGGUUGCUACACUUCAACCAGGAGCUGUCUAGGACAGUUCUUGCUCUUGUUCCUCCCGACAAUCCACUCCAUAGGGAUAUUCUCACCUUGCAAAGUGAAAUUCACCGCCAAAGUGAAUUUUUCACUGCAGAUGAUCCGCCUGAACCUCCUGUCUCCAGUAGGGGUCAGUACUUCGCUAAUAUAGACAAUCCACCUGUGUCUCCCCGUCAACUCGCACAGGAUUCGCGCACAGCAACGCACUCAACUAGGGGCAAUAAUUUCUAUCGUCCGCCUGUGCCAUCUAACCUUUCUAGCGGCGCUCGACGUCCAUAUGGAUCAAUAAGCGGCGCGCAGCCUCAGUCUUCUCCCUCACCCCUUCGGUCUCAGGCACCACCGCCACCCCCAGGCCCUCAUCCUCUUGCCGCAGUUGAACCGCCUCCUAAUGGCCUAGCUAGGCGACAUACAUCUGCAGAUAUUCGCGCUCAUGGCUGGCAGCCUAACCAGCCCUUGUAUCUCGGAUCCGGCCCCCCUUCUUCAAAUUGGCCUUCUUCUCCUAGCCGAGCACCUGUGGACGAUCAUCGGUUGCGUGAAGCCCCAUCUGGCUAUUCGCUAUCUCGGCCUGCCACGCCUCCUGCUCCACCGUUUUCUAAUGGAAAUAUCGGCAGUAGCUUAGAAAGCCUGAACAAUUGGUCUUGGAACUCAGCCAAUCGAGAAAACAAAAAUCUUUCGAUCCGAGAUAUAUCUACCCCGCCUACACGGCGAGGAAGUAUGGCUCAUAUCCUAAAUCCCACGGAUACAGCCGAACGAGAAAAUGAGGAUGACCCAAGAGGGGAUGACGACCGCAAGCGUAAGCGAAUGCAAUAA